UUGACAUUUUCAAUAAUAUACUUCUGUCUGUGUGUGUGUGUGUGUGUGUGUUUUUUUAAUUUUAAUUUUAUAUUUUAUUUUAUUUUUUGUUUUUUUUUCAUCAUUUUCUUCUUCGUCUUCUUCUUUUUCCUUUUUUUUUUUCUCUAUUUACUUUUUUUGUUUCUGUUUCUGUUU